GUAAAUCUGAGGAAAUCCUCAAUAUUUUUCAGCAAAAACGUGAAUGUUGGAAUGCAAGAGGAUAUAUGUGCUAUACUUGAAGGCAUCAGAGUUCAUUCCUCUUCCAGAUAUUUAGGGCUUCCGCGGGGAAUUGGGAAAUCCAAAAAAGAAACAUUUCA